AUGCCGCCAUCUAUGCAAAGUGAAAUUUGGACAUAUUUCAAACCUGUCGAAAAUGACCGGGAUAAAUCUCCAAGUAAAAUAUGUAGUAAAACAUAUUCUCUAAAGGGACAAACUACAUCGUCGCUUAAAAAUCAUUUAAAAUCAAUGCAGGGUGCAUUGAUUUUAAAAGAGUUUGCAUUGUUUGAAGCGAAUAACGAAAAGCAGAUACAGAAAAGGAAACCUGAUGCCGGAGAUGCAAAAGCAAAUGAACCUGCCAGUACUGAAGCUAAAACAAGACGUUGUAACUAG